UUCUCUCCGAGUGCGUCAUCCUCUCACACUCUUCCUAUCUUUGUUCCUCUGGCAGUGAUUGCUCUUCCUUGUUGUUGGUGGAGCAGCAGCAGCAGCAGCAGCAGCUUUCUCUCUCUGUUCACUGUUCACUGGUUGCUCUCACUCACUGGCAGACAGAAGGGAGGGGUGCCUUUACCUUUCUCUCUCUUAUCAAACCUUCUCAACUCUUCGAAAGACACCUCAGCGAUGGCGGAGGCCCACCAGGCGGUGGCGUUCCAGUUCACCAUAACGCCAGAGGGGAUUGAUCUGCAGCUGUCCUAUCAGGCCUUGAACCAGAUCUACCUGUCCGGAGUACGAUCCUGGAAGAAACGAGUCAGCCGCCUGAGGAACGGGGUGAUCAAGGGGGUGUACCCUGCCAGCCCUUCCUCCUGGCUCUUUGUCGUCAUAGCGAUCCUGGCCACCAUGUACAUGCGCUCGGAUCCCAGCAUGGGCCUCAUCACGAAGAUACAGCAACACCUGCCUCUAAGUCUCAAUGGGCUCAGCACCCAGGGUCAGACCAUGCUGUCGGCGCUGGUCUUCAGCACUCUGCUGUGGCUCUCUCUCAUCCUGGCGCUCCGGUUCUGCCUCAAACUGCUUCUCUCCUACCACCAGUGGAUGUUCGAGCAGCACGGCCGGGUUUCCAACACCACAAAAGUCUGGGUGACUCUGCUGAGAUUAUUAUCAAGCAGGAAGCCGCUGCUCUACAGCUACCAAACCUCUCUGCCUCAUCUGCCUGUUCCUUCCAUCAAAGACACACUGAGCAGGUAUCUGUUGUCAGCACGCCCUCUGUUGACUGAUCCAGAGUACAAACGAAUGACUGAACUGGCCAAUCAGUUUGAGUCUAACUUGGGAAACCGCCUGCAACGCUACCUGAAACUCAAAGCUCUGUGGGCCACCAACUACGUGAGCGACUGGUGGGAGGAAUACAUCUACUUGAGGGGCCGAGGUCCCAUAAUGGUCAACAGUAACUACUAUGGGAUGGACUUUCUGUAUGUGACCCCGACCCCGGUGCAGGCUGCCAGGGCAGGCAACACCAUCACCGCCUUGCUGCUCUACCGCCGCAAGGUAAACCGGGAGGAACUCAAACCGAGUCGUGUUCCAGGCACCGUCAUCCCCCUGUGUGCUGCUCAGUGUGAGAGGAUGUUCAACACAACACGCACUCCAGGAAUCGAGACUGAUGUACUCCAGCACUGGCAGGACAGCGAGUUUGUGGCAGUCUACCACAAGGGGCGCUUUUUCCGCCUGUGGGUGUACCGGGCCGGCCGGCUGCUGUCCUCCAGGGAGAUCGAGUUCCAGAUCCAGAGGAUCCUGGAUGACACCUCUCUCCCGCAACCUGGAGAGGAGAAACUGGGAGCUCUCACUGCUGGAGACAGGGUUCCUUGGUGUCAGAUUAGGAAGCAGUACUUCAGCUCCGGCAUCAACAAGCGAUCUUUGGAUUCCAUCGAGAGGGCAGCCUUCUUCGUAACCUUGGAUGAUGAAGAGCAAGGCAUGAGAGGAGAGGACCCGGCGGGAAACUUGGACCGCUACGCCAAGUCCCUGCUGCACGGGAAGUGUUAUGAUAGGUGGUUUGAUAAAUCCUUCUCCAUUGUGAUCUACAAGAACGGGAAGAGUGGACUAAAUGCAGAGCACUCCUGGGCCGAUGCACCUACAGUGGCUCAUCUUUGGGAGUACACCCUGGCCACAGAUGCCUUCCAGCUGGGCUACACUGAGGACGGGCACUGUAAAGGCGAGGUGGACCGCUCGCUACCUCUCCCCCAGAGGCUCGCCUGGGACAUCCCUUCAGAGGUUCAGGCUCAGGCGUGCAUCUCCCUGGCUGUUGCCCAGACGCUGGCAGAUGACGUGGACUGCCAUGUGUUUCCCUUCAGGGAGUUCGGAAAAGGACGGAUCAAGAAGCUCCGUGUCAGCCCCGACGCGUUCAUACAGAUCGGCUUACAGCUGGCAUACUACAGGGAUCGUGGGGGUUUCUGUCUGACUUACGAGGCGUCAAUGACCCGUCUGUUCCGGGAGGGCCGGACAGAGACUGUGCGAUCCUGCUCUAACGAGAGCUGUGCCUUCGUCAAAGCUCUAGAGGACGGAGAGGCAGAGGACCAAUGCAGACGUCUCUUCCGACUGGCCUCAGAGAGGCACCAGAACCUUUAUCGAAUGGCCAUGACGGGAGCUGGAAUUGACAGACACGUCUUCUGUCUGUACGUGGUGUCCAAAUACUUGGGGGUGGACUCUCCCUUCCUCAAAGAGGUUUUGUCGGAGCCUUGGCGUCUCUCCACCAGUCAGACCCCAGUUCAGCAGAUGGAGCUGUUUGACCUGAAGAACCACCCCGAAUUCAUAUCGCUGGGCGGAGGGUUUGGACCUGUUGCUGAUGAUGGUUAUGGGGUUUCAUACAUCAUUGUGGGUGAGGAUAUGAUCAACUUCCACGUGUCGUCCAAACACUCUUGCAGCGAGACCGACUCCCACAGGUUUGGAGCCCAGAUAAGUAAAGCUCUCCAAGACAUCAUGACCCUCCUCUCCGCUGACACCAAAACCACCUCGUCCUCCAAAGGCACAGCCCAGCAUCAGCCCAAGAAGCUCCUCUGAAUAUGGCAGAAAAGCAGCUCACCACGUGGACAAAUAUUCCCUAAGAUGAGUGUAGAAACCUUUUAAGAACACAACCAAAUUAUGUGACUGACCUAAAAGCAUUAAUUAAACUGACAAAAGUGAAUUUAACGAGUUUUAUCAAAGGGACAUCCCAGCCUAAUUCGAAGGCAGGUGCUCUUUGUUUACAUCUCCAAAACAAUAACGCAUUUUUAGGCCCCGUUCAAACGGACAAAUAAGGCACACUGAAGACGCAUGGUUCCCUUUCAUGUUGGACAUGUGAUCUGUGGCGCAAUUUCGUUCCCACCUCUAGCUCAGUGACAAAAAAAAACGAAAGACACACUUGCACUCAAUGUUAUGAUUUGCAUUCUUCCAUUAAAAAACACAGAGUUCAAAAGCCUUUCCCCAUGAACAGGCACUAACAAAUAUAUGUUACUGUUAUUCACCAUUAAUACGUACCCUUUUGUAUACUUUUGUAAUUUUAUGAGUCGUGUCUGUUCGAGAGAUUCAAGCUUGACAACACGUGAGAGUGCAAAAGGCUUCCUACUUUCUUUGAGAAUAUGAAACCUGUGAUGGUUGAUUUUUUUAAGAAAGAAGGAGCUGUGACAACUUAAGAAGGAAGUCUUUAGAAUAAAAGUAAGAAGAAGAGAAAGAGAGACAGCUCCCUGACAAUUCCAGAAAGCAUUAAGAGACCCUUAAUCUCAAUAAAAGAGAAGGGAAAUGUCUUUUUAAAGUUAGCGGACCCAAGUGUGAAAUGAGGUCAACCCAUUGACACAAUUCACAACAAUUUGAUGUCCAUGUUCGAGGUUAUAGAGUAUUAUAGGGGAUUGCUAAAAAUCUAAAAAGCUUAAGGGAAAAGGGAGUUAUAACAAGGAUAAGAGGAUACAUCUCAAUGAAGGGAAAAGGUUCCUUACAGACCUCUUAACAAAAAUAGCCACUUUUUUAUUGUCAUUUAAUUUAAUUCAUUAAAUGGGACUAGAAGUUUACAAGCUAGACAAUGAAAGCCCCAGUCUAAUCUUUGGGUAUGGCAACUAUAAAAACAUUUUUACUACUUACUUUUACCCAUCACCUGAUCUCAAGUUUAUUAAUAUUGAACGCAUGUCCAAAUUGCACCAACUUGGACAAAGCACUCUAUUGGGUCCCCAGCAAUACACCCACCAAGUGUGAAGUACAUCAGAUGAAUGGUUCUCGACAUAUGCGAAGGACACACAGACAGACAGACAGAGAAGUAGUGGUUACUGAUGUCUUUGAACUAUUGUUUCAUAUAUAUGGUUAUCAGUUACUGUUCCGGGUUCCUGCAUGCCAGCUGGAAGGGUGCCAACUCCUUUGAACUUUGUGCAGCAGCACUGUGCUCAAAAUAGAGCCAUGGGACACCAAACAAAUGCAAAGAGACAAUCUAAAGAUCCUGUCAUUACAUCACGUAUAAUUUUAUUUGAUGCCCCGUGAAUAUAAGUUCAAUUGGUUACAUGUGAAUCAAGAUUUACACGAAUAUAUAAUCUGACAUAUGGCACCAAUUGUUGUCGAUAUCAGACAACCGCAUAAAAGUGAUAACAUUUUCAAGAUUUGGGCUGUAUUUUGACAGAGAUCAGGUGAUAACUCACGCUACAUUAACAAUGGAAUUAUUUAUAGCCAUGUGUAGGGAGGAUGGAAGGAAAGAAUGAAGGGAGGGAAAUUAUUAUUCAUUAUUGUUUUUUGUUUUUUUAACUUUUUAUUGUCAGUUCAGUGGAUAGAUUUAACAAGGCGUAAAUGUUAAAAGUCUGAUGUUUUUAGAUAAUCGUAUGGACAUGCUUCAGCUUAUCAGACACAGUUGUGUUUCACUGCUGUUGAAACGCACCUCAAGUGUUGGAGAUGGUCGGAAGUGGGCUGCGUGGUAUACAGUUGCAUUGCCAUGUCAUUAUUUUCACUGAAAAAGUUAUGUUUUUAUUGUUGUGGAAAUCUUUUUCAAACAUUCUUCUUUCUUUCUCAAACGUGACACAAGGAGUGCCCACCGCUGACGUGCUUUAUUUGUCCUCAAGUGCCCCUUUGGUUACCGUUCUGUUUAGCUUACUUAUUACUUCAAAAAUGAACCGUAAACAUGACCCGCACCCUCCAUGCGCUAAAGGUGACCCUCUCUGCCCUUAUUUAGUCUGUGCACGCCAACGCAAUACAAAUAUAAGCUUUUAGAUAAUAAAGAUAUCAAGGGGAAAUACGUUGUAGGAAAAAGUGAAAUCUGCAGG